AUGAGCGCCGGUCGAUUUCCUCGGCACACCGAAAUCAACAAUCUAAUUCACAAUGUUCUGGAAAGAGCUGGUUUCCCUUCUAUUCUGGAACCGACGGGCCUUGUUUUUGAAGAUGCAAAACGUCCAGACGGCUGUACGCUUUUCGCUUUUAAAUCCGGGAAGCAGCUCGUUUGGAACGACACCUGUACCGACUCUUUUGCCAAGGGUGCCUUAAAUGCUAUGGCUUGUCGACCCGGUUCGUCGGCCGAGAAGGCCGAAUUCGCAAAACUAACGAAAUAUGAGGAUUUACUCGAUCGAUUUUGCUUUUGGGCAAUUGCCAUCGAAACUUCCUCAAUCGGAUUCAACGUGGAGACCCUCCAAUACAACAACGUCAAACUUCAGGUGUGGGAUCUGGGAGGUCAGACCAGCAUUCGUCCUUACUGGCGAUGUUACUACGACAAGACCACAGCAAUCGUGUUUGUUGUGGACAGCAGCGACAAAGAGAGAAUUCCGAUUGCCAAAAACGAACUAAAAUUAAUGUUGGAGGAAGAGGAACUGAAGGAUGCCGUGUUGGUGGUGUUGGCCAAUAAGCAAGACCUCCCCCACUCCACGGGAGUCACUGAUUUAGCCAAUGGAUUGGCCCUCUCCGCUAUUCGGAAUCGUACAUAUCAGAUUUUCCGCACCUCCGCGAUAACGGGGGACGGAAUUAACGCGGCCUUUGAAUGGUUGGUUCCUUUUGCUUAUUUUUAG